AUGAAGAGAUACGCCACUCCUAUCUUAAAGCCUUACUGGCCAUUCUUCGUCGGUGGUGGUCUUACCUACUACUUGGUUGCCAAAGCCGCCAAUGCUUCUGCCAACACUGAAGAAUUCAUCAACGAUCCAAGAAACCCAAGAUUUGCUAGAGAGAAAACCACUGAGGAAUUGUUUAAAAAUGACCUUCUGAUCCCCUCGCUAUGA